GUCCUUCAGAAAACGACGUAUCGCUUUGAAACAGGAACUGACGCCGCUUUGCGCUUAGACCAGUUGUUUAAAUUAAAACUUGUUAGUUUCAGGUCUGAACAUGUUAUUUCCAUUCAAGCCUUUUUUCAAGUCCAUUCCGACGCACAUGGAUUAUAAAGGUCAGAAACUGGCUGAACAGAUCUUUCAAGGGAUAAUACUCAUCUCAGCGGUGAUUGGAUUCAUUUACGGUCUCAUCAUUCAACAAUUUGGGUGGACUGUAUACAUAGUGUUGGGUGGUUUUGCAGUGUCCUGCCUGUUGACGCUGCCCCCGUGGCCCAUGUACAGAAAGAACCCUUUGUCGUGGCAGCCAGCGAUGCCAGAGAGCAGUGGAGAGUCCAGCCAAAAACCUCAGGAAAACAUCAAGAAGAAGAAGCACAAAUAACUUACAGACGUCACAUCUUUUUGUGUUGGAGUUAUUGAGUUUUGUGUCUCCACUUAUGUUUGAAGCACUGGGAAGGAUAGUGGUGUUUCAGAAAUAAAUUUCAAAUUAUACAGAC